GUUUGUUAUUCCUCGUUCACCUUUGACCUAUGACGUAUUGGGCUCUACGGCGAGCGCACGCGGACAAUCUAGCCGCUACCGCCCCGCUGUUAGCAUGUUAGUUGUGGCGCGUUUCAUUGACAAGUGCAGUUAAUUAAGGUCUGUUGAGAGGACACAAACCCCACCUGAGGACAGCAGACAUGGCUCUGGAACAGCUCAGUGAACUGGUCCAGAGAUGUCAAGGGCUCCCUGACGACGGCUACGCCAGUGAGGACUACAACGUCUUCACAGUUGCUGGGAGGUCCUGCAUAGAGGAAGGAAACAGUCUGCAGGUCCUCAGCAUUGUCCUGGAUGAAAAGAAUCAGGACAUCGUGAGAUGUAUGGGUUGGAAUCUGCUUCCACCGCUCAUUAAGGUUCUGCUCAAGAAAGAAGACGAGGACCUUCCUCAGUGCUUGGCCAUUUUCAACCACCUGCUAGAAACCUGUCGACCCAAAGAGCUGCUGAUUGGCCUGUUGGAGCAACUGGAGCAGGAUGACCCUGAUACCAUAGCGGAGAGUCUUCAUCUGUUGUUGAACCCUCUACAGAAAGUCUUGCUGUGUCUAGGAAACCGCAAAGCCUCGUCUUUGGGGAUGACUCUGUCCUCCGUCCUGGACCAGGUGGCCAAGCUGCCUCUGCCUCACACCAAGGAGCAGGAGGAGGACGACAUUUUUAUGCUAUGUCGCUGCUGCACCAACUUGGUGAUGUUUGUCAGGCCCUUCGUUGAAGAGGUCCGGCAAAACCUAGCGAGGACUGAACAGUCGAGUGACUGUAAGACAACAGAGGGACAGGACAGUGACGAGCUGCAGCCAGAAUUGCUGAAGUUCUGUAUGAAGACCCUGCGUCACCCUUUGUUGGAGGUACAACUCAAAGAUCCUGACACUCUGCCCGAGUCUCCUCUUAGGAAUUUUGCCACCGAAAUCCUGAACGUUCUCAGUGCGAUCAGAGAGCCUCUUCCCAGCCUGGUGUACCAGCCUCUGCUCAAGAGAAAACAGGUUCCGGGCUUCCUGGAGGAGGAGGUGCGUUAUCCCAAAGAGUCUCUAGCCAGCCUCGCUCACCUGGUGUUUGUGCAUCACCUGGCUGCAGAUUCGUUCCCCAGUGUUUUCAGUCCUGUGUUCUGUCUGCGGUGUAACAUGGAGCACAUCUGCCUCCUCCUGUCCAGAACUGAGGAGACCAGGAUCCAGAAAGGCCUGGAACUGUAUGAGAAGAGCCUGGUGCGGGUGGAGGAUGGUGUGCUGCCUGCUGAUCUGCUGGAGAUAAAAACCUUCCUCACUGUUCCACAGAACUUGGUAAAGGUUAUGACAAUGUGCCAGAGGCAUGAUUUGAGAACCAGAGGUCUGAAGGUUUUCCAGCUGAGCAUUGAUAAAUUCAACACUGAAGCCAAGUAUCAUUUCUUCCAGUACAUGCUGAAGACCAGCAAUCACUCAGGAGUCGAAGGCUACGUCAUCAAAAACAUCAAGAAUCAGAUAGAUAGUGCCCUGCAGCCAGGUAACAGCAACACGUGGUUUGAGGGAGUUCACCUGCUGCCUCUGCUGCGUAGAGUGCUCAGUCUACCAGGUGGCCCAGAGACAGACCUGCUGGAGUACCUGGACAGAAUUAUGGAGUCUCUAAACCUGCUGCGUUACCUGGUCAUCAGAGACAAAGUGACAGAGAACCAGACAGGGAUCUGGACUGAGCUGUAUAAAAUAGAAGAUACGUUUCUUAAGCCACUGCGUGUUGGAGUAAACAUGUCCCGAGCGCAUUAUGAGAGGGAGCUCCACAAUACCAUGGAGGAAGCCAAGAAGAACAAGGUCAAAGAUUCAUCAGUGCUUUCUGUGUCUGUUGGUGAGGAGAAGCUGCCUAAUGUGACAUCAGAGUCUCAUAUUCAGGCUCUGCACUCAGCCCUGCACACGUUCGACAUGAUCGAGAGCGUGCUUGUGAGGAUAGAGGAGCUCGUCGAGGUCAAAGACAAUCUAAUGCAGCUCCUCAGGACACCAUGAACUAAAAAUUCUUCUUGUGUAGACCUUGCCGUCAUUGAUUUUGUCAGCUCUGAAUGUGUCAUCGCUUAUUAAACCAUACUGCUGUUUGUUUCUUCAAACUUUUUGUACAAAUUAAAUAAAAUGCUGUAAAGUUUU